AUGCUUCAUCAACGGUACCUCCCAACGGUACCACCAAACGGUACCACCAACGGUACCACCAAACGGUACCUCCAGACGGUACCACCCAACGGUACCACCCAACGGUACUUCCCAACGGUACCUCCAGACGGUACCACCCAACGGUACCAUCCAACAGUACUACCCAACGGUACCACCCAACGGUACCACCCAAGGGUCCAUCCAACGGUACCACCCAACGGUACCAACCAACGGUACCAACCAACGGUACCACCCAACAGUACCACCCAAUGGUACCACCCGACGGUACCACCUAACGGUACCACCCAACAGUACCACCCAACAGUACCACCAAACGGUACCACCCAACGAUACCACCCAACAGUACCACCAAACGGUACCAUCCAACAGUACCACCCAACGGUACCAUCCAACAGUACCACCCAACAGUACCACCCAACAGUACCACCAAACGGUACCACCCAACGAUACCACCCAACAGUACCAUCCAACAGUACCACCCAACGGUACCAUCCAACAGUACCACCCAACAGUACUACCCAACGGUACCACCCAACGAUACCACCCAACGGUCCAUCCAACGGUACCACCCAACGGUACCAACCAACAGUACCACCCAACAGUACCACCAAACGGUACCACCCAACGAUACCAUCCAACAGUACCAUCCAACAGUACCACCCAACGGUACCACCCAACGGUACCACCCAACAGUACCACCCAACGGUCCAUCCAACGGUACCACCCAACAGUACCACCCAGCAGUACUACCCAACGGUAACACCCAGCAGUACCACCCAACGGUAA